UCUAAUCCUUUUACCUUAUAGUUUCUGAUCAGUAAUGUGACAGGUUGGUUAGAAUAUAAUCCUUUUACCUUAUAGUUUCUGAUCAGUAAUGUAACAGGUUGGUUAGAAUCGAAUCCUAGAUCUGAUCUUAGUCCUGACUCGUGCACGGGGAAGAACAGGUGUGUUACUGUCAUACAGCCUCCAUUUUGACUGAGACACAGAGGAGACAUGCAGACAGCAGACUGACACAACACACAACUACCAUCAGUACACACAAACCUCUUCUCGCUUCCUCCUCCUCCUCCUCCUCUCCUCCCUGUCUGCUAUGGGGGGCUCCUCCUCUAAGAAGAGUGUGUUUGGGGGAAGAAAGAAGAAACGGGUCUCAGUGUUGACCUGGAGUGAACUGAAGGGGGAGCUAUCCAGUAAGAAACAGAAGACAAGCAUCAAUCUUCCUACUCUGGACAAACUGUCAGUGGAGAACCUGAAGAGGGAGGUCCUUACUCCCAAGAAGAGGUUUUCAUUGGCCGGGAAGAGGAAGGAGUCGCUGUCAAUCAAGAGGCUGUCAUUGGGUAACUCUAGGAAGGAGUCUGUGUCACUGAAGAGUCUCUCUAUGGGGAAGAGGAAGAAAGAGUUGAAGAAAGGAGAACUGAAGAUAUUCUCUCUGGAUAACAUCAAGAAGGAAUCACCACCACCACCACCCAAAACUAUAUUCUCUCUGGUUAACAUCAAGAAGGAACCACCACCAUCCAAAAAUAUAUUAUCUUUGGUUAACAUCAAGAAGGAACCACCACCAGCACCACCCAAAAAGAAAUUCUCUCUGGUUAACAUCAAGAAGGAACCACCACCAGCACCACCCAAAAAUAUAUUAUCUUUGGUUAACAUCAAGAAGGAACCACCACCAGCACCACCCAAAAAGAAAUUAUCUCUGGUUAACAUCAAGAAGGAACCACCACCAGCACCACCCAAAAAUACAUUCUCUCUGGUUAACAUCAAGAAGAAAUCGCCUCCCAAAGAGAGAUUAUCCCUUGCAAAUGUUAACCCCUUACUUUAAACCUGACCUAUGCCCUGGACAGAGACAGACAGACGGACGGACAGACAGACAGGCAGUCAGACAGACAGACAAGUAGACAGACAGAGUCAGAUGGCCAGGGAGUCAGAGAGAGAGACAGAUGGACAGACAGUCAGAAGUGUUGUAGGUUCUCUUUAAUAAAAGCUGUUUCAACCAUUUCUGAACAUUAAACUAAUUGUCAGGUCACAGAAACAACCAGAACACAGUCUCCAAUACAGACCGCUCUCUGGUAAAUAUUAUAUUCAUUCAUCCUCUAUACAGCUAAACCACUGGCUCUGCCACCAGCUUGAAAUAACACUUAUUCAUGUUACCAUACUAGAACUUACUGAUGACUUUACAUGUAUAAAAUAAUGUAUAUGUUAGGGGUCAAGGAAGGGUAAAAAUGAACUUGGUGGUGUGGAAAAUCCCUGAGUGAAAGUUACUGUGAGAGAAAAGGGGAACGGAGUAUAUGACCAGGUCUGUUGAGUAAGGGGAACAGAGUAUAUGACCAGGUCUGUUGAGUAAGGGGAACGGAGUAUAUGACCAGGUCUGUUGAGUAAGGGGAACAGAGUAUAUGACCAGGUCUGUUGAGUAAGGGGAACAGAGGGUCACUGAUAAACAUCAUGGAGAAGUCACUGGACAAAGAGGAACUCCUAGCAGACUGCUCAACCACGAAGACAACAAUGCAACAUUUAGGCAGUAUCGGGCAACAGAUAGCAGUUCUGAGAAGUUACACCCCUAAUCUCAUCUUGACAUAUAAAUGGCUGUCUGAUCAUGUGCAAAAUGUGAAUAAACUUGGUUUAAGCUUU